GCGCGCCCCCCGCACCCCUCACUCUCACAUCGAUCCCCUCCGCCCGACGCCGCCGCCGCGGUUAGGGUUCCUCCCUGGCCGCCUCAACCCCGCCGACGGCGCCGUGCACCGCCACCACGCGCUGUCGCCUCUCGCCUCCUCCGACGCUCCAGCCCCAUAAGUCCCUCUCGAUCUCCUCCUCCCUACGCGCGCCACCACUAGGCUACGAUCGAUUCGUCGCGGCGGCUCACCAUGUUUUUGGAUUUCGCGUGGGGGAAAGGGAUUUAGGGAUUGCACGGUGGCUCCGCACUUCGAUGCGACGUGUUCCAGGCUUGUUUCCUCGCGUAAUUGGGGAGAGAGUAGAGAGAGGGGUUAGGUGAGAGAAGUAGAGGCUUUUUGUUGCUCACCGAAAGUUGGGUUUCAAUUCUUGAUUAGUAGUUUAGCACAUAUAUGAACACCACUGGUUGUUGGAACUAAUCCAGAUGCACAAGUUUGGUCAGCCAAAAUCUUGGUCGAAUCCAGGAGACAGAAAAGGAAGUGGGUAGAGGCGGGAGGGGGGGAUUGAGGGCUGCAGAAGGGAGCGAGUGAACUGACCUGAGCGAUUGCGCUUGGAUUUCGGCAUGGCAGAGGCUUGGUUUCUUCUUCCUUGGCUGUUGUCCCUGGAGCAGUGGCGGCGGUGGUGCCUAGUGUUCUAGGGUUUAGAAAGGGGUUCUCUCUCUCGUCCCGCCUUGACGAAGUAGAGGCGCAGACCAGGCCUGAGUUGGGCUAGAGCAGGCAUAUUAGAUAGAGGCCCGAGCGGUUGAUGCAAAGGGAAGCAUACACUUGCAGUCUUGUUUCAUUGCCUUUUAGGAGUAGGAGGAGGUCAGCCGGUGACGGCAUCGAUCCACCAGCACCCGGCCGUUAAUGGAAUGAUGGACCCAAAUCGCUAUCCAUCUGAUGCUGUUAGUGAGCCCAUUUUGGUAGAUUUCAGAAAAAGAAAACACAGAGAGACAGAGAGUUGUAUCUGAUCUAAAAGGGGGGUGUUUGCCUUUUAUAGUUUUAGUUAUUGUGCAUCUGAUGCCAAAGGUGGAAUGGAUGUUUACUUAUUGUGUUUUGUGAAUCUUGUGUCGUGCUGUUUUGAAAGAUUCUAAGAUGGUUCAACUUUUGGAUGUGGGAAUAGAUAAAGUGUUCCCCUGGAUUGAUCCACUUAGUUCAGUUGUCCUUGAUGAGGAUGGAAGUGUUUUUACCCUUGUGUCAGGGCUGGGAGUUGUCCUUUAUGAGGAUGGAAGAGUUAUUGCUCUGCUUUGCCAUGCUUGCAGAGAUAAUGCAUAAUUGAUAUUUGUGUAAAUAAAUGGUAUUUUAUCUAUUGAUGAUCUUAUUGCUGCCUUAUAGCUGCCUCGAUUAAUGUGUGAAUAAAUGGCAUUUUAUCUACUAAUAAUGCAGAAUUAGGCUGUUUUUGAACUACUUUUGCGUGUCUGCUUGCGCAAUAAUGGCAAUAUGCCAUUUAUCUUAUUAUUAGGCUUUGUUUGGGUUACAUGAUCUCUAUUAGGUUAUUGUCUGAACUGAACUACAAUUUAGUUGUUAUUUUGCUUUAGGGAAAUGGCGCCACCACCACCACCAUGUCGACGGUGCAAGUCAAGGUGCGCCAGCAGCCUUGCAACUGGCACGCUGUUCGGCAUCUACUUCGAGUCUAGUUUUCUUCAUGCGGCGAUCGUCCCAUGCAAUGUGAGGUCGGAAUUCAACAAGCUGACCGGAGACUCUGUGACCUUUGAGGCUCCUGGGGCCCCUACACUAUGGAGGUCGAGAAAGGAUGAAAUAUGACGCGGGUGGGAGGAGAUGGAUGGGUCCGUUUCAUCGCCCACAUGUGUAUCACCGGUGGUGAGUUGAUCAGCUUCUCCUUCAAAGCAGAAAGACUCAAGCUGGCCGUCAUUUAUGUCAACGAAGCAGAAGAUGAUGAGGAUGAUGACGACUUACUUGAUGAAGCCAUCGUAGCUCAAAGAAUGAGGUUGAGCGAGGAGGAGGUGUGCAAACUAUGGGAGAUCAUUCCGCCACGUGCUGACUUCGUCGGGGUGCCAUUCGUGACCCGCCUGACAAGUACCAUGGUUGAUCGGCAUGUCAUGAAAUUGCCAAAGAGCCUAUCUGAGAGUUGUGGUAUCAAGUCUGAUGAAGAAGGCUCUGCUGGAAUAUGCCUUACCGCCAGGGGCUCCGUCACCACCUGUGUGUACGUCGUGGACACGGACGGUCGCACACACUUCAACUCGGUUGGGUGGAAGAGCUUCCUCGUCGGCAAGAAUCUUCAUGUUGGAUAGGCUAUCCUAAUUACUACCAGGAACACCCACCGCCCAGGCUUGAGGAUGAUGAUUGUCAUCAAUAUCAUCUAGAACUACUUAUGCAUGCGUGUGGCUGCUGAACCAUAUAAUGCUAGUAUGACUACCUAGUAAACUUAGGGGCUGUUUGGUUGGUGACCUGAGCACCCUGCCUGAGAAAAAUGGACGCCUGAUAGUUGCCGGAGGUUCUCGUGACUUUUGCCUGCUGUGGCAGCCUUCGCAAGGUAGUGUUUGGUUCAUCCCUUGAGCCUGAGAAAUAAAAUAAUAAUAUCACACAGCAUGCAGUACACGCAUGAGCGCGUUGAUCGCUCCUGCCUGAGUCAGGCCUCCGAUUUUGGUGGCCUGACUCCGACUAAUUAGCUGCCGGGUGAGCUCAGGUCAGGCUGCUAAAAAAUUGGUCAGGCACCAACCAAACAAGACGUAGGCCAGUGUCCGGCUUGCUCCCGGCUAGGCAGAUUUCUCUUAGGGUAGCAACCAAACAGCCCUUUAUCAACAAUGAUCUAUUCAUGCAUUAUUGACUACUA